CUGAGCACUGAGCCACGGAGCUGCGAGGUCCCCCAGAAAACGACCUGAUUUCUGGAGCGUUACUAAGAGAAGUUCUCCUGAAGGCGGUGUGUGCAUCCCAAAGAGGACAGAGUCAGGAGCACAUGGGAUAGAUCCUUCUGCCAACGCAUUCCAACAGAAAGUUCAAGCUGCCCUGGAAAACUGUAAAGCAGAGGUGACCAUGUCCGGCCCCGACCCCGACGCGUCUCCUGGAGUGGUGCGCCUCAACAGACCUUCUGACCUGGAGCUAGCGGAGACGGCCUUCUCCUCCUCCGCAGAGCCGGACAGGGACAGAGACCGGACCCCGGGGGACGACGACAGCGCCAACGUGACCCUGCCCGGCGUCCACGUCCACCCCUACCUGUCCCACCCCAGAAUGUCCGUACGCAUGUCCAUCUACAGCACAGCCCCGCGUCCCACCGUCACCUAUAGCUACGUCCAGGGGAAGGUCUACAACUUCCUGGAGAGGCCCACGGGAUGGAAGUGCUUCAUGUAUCACUUCUCUGUGUUCCUGAUCGUUCUGGCGUGUUUGGUGCUCAGUGUGCUCUCCACCAUCGCCGAGUAUGAGCGAUUCGCCUACGAGACUCUGUUCUGGGUGGAAAUCGUGCUGGUGGUGUUCUUCGGAGUGGAGUACGUGGUUCGACUCUGGUCUGCGGGAUGUCGCAGUAAAUACGUGGGGAUCUUGGGCAGACUGCGCUUCGCCAGAAAACCCAUCUCGAUAAUAGACUUGAUUGUGGUGGUAGCCUCCAUCGUGGUGCUCUCUGUGGGUUCCAAAGGUCAAGUCUUUGCCACCUCCGCCAUCAGAGGAAUCCGGUUCCUGCAGAUCCUGCGUAUGCUGCAUGUGGACAGACAGGGAGGAACCUGGCGUCUGCUGGGCUCUGUGGUCUACAUACACCGACAGGAGCUGAUCACGACCCUGUACAUUGGGUUCCUCAGCCUGAUCUUUGCCUCAUACUUCGUGUACCUGGCUGAAAGGGAUGAGCCAGACACUGGAAUGGGGAACUUUGCAGACGCUCUGUGGUUUGGAGUGGUUACCGUGACGACCAUUGGAUAUGGAGACAUAGUGCCUCACACGUGGGUUGGAAAGACCAUUGCCUCGUGUUUUUCCGUCUUCGCCAUCUCCUUCUUUGCACUACCUGCUGGAAUCCUGGGCUCCGGCUUCGCUCUCAAAGUUCAGCAAAAGCAGAGACAAAAACACUUCAACCGACAGAUCCCUGCAGCAGCCUGCCUCAUCCAGACAGCCUGGAGGUCUUAUGCAGUGGACAACUUUCAGACUGCAACCUUCAAGAUGUUUCUCAGAAAGAGGAGCCACAUCCCAGCGUCUUCUGUGCACAGCCCCAAGCCCAAGAAGUCGGUUAAAAUGAGGAAGAAAGUGAGGAGCACCGACUUCAGCCCCACCUCCCCGACCAUCCCCACUAUCUCGUACGACGUGGCGCUGGACGGAGGGAGAGACGUGUACAGCACCGUGGGAACAGAGGCGGAGCAGACCUGGACCUCACUCAGUUCUCUGCACUUCGGACACAACAACACAGGGAGGAAAACCCCUGGGCUCUUGGAGGUCCCAUCCCCGGACACGCCCCUGCAGAGGAACUGCAGUUUUGCAGAUGACUUGGACAUGGAGUCAGAGAGGGACAAUGGCCUGUCCCCUGUGUCCAGCGUCUCACAGCUGACAGAGUCCCACCGCAGAGCCAUCCGAGUGGUGCAGAGGAUGCGCUAUUUUGUGGCCAAGAGAAACUUUCAACAAGCCCGCAAGCCGUAUGACGUGCGUGAUGUGAUCGAGCAGUACUCCCAGGGUCACCUCAACCUCAUGGUGCGGAUCAAGGAGCUCCAGAGACGCCUGGACCAGUCUUUGGGCAAGAUCUCACUGUUCCAGAGCAGCUCAGAGCGGGCCAAGGACAGAGGCACUAACUCCAUUGGGUCCAGGCUGCACAGAAUGGAGGACAAGAUGGCUCACAUGGAGAAGACCCUGAGCCACAUCUGUGACUCCCUGCGCCUCCUGCUGGACCAGAGGGACGCUGCGGGGGCCAAAGAGGAGCAGCAGUACCCGCCCAGCCUCCCCAGUCAGGACAGUCUGCCCUCCUACGAGCAGCUGUCUGGACCUUCAGCGCCCUCUGUGCAAAGUCAUGAGAACUUUUUAAAGUGAAGUUGGCUGGGAUCGUGUUGUCGUGGGAGAUGUACUGAAAUUGCAUUUUAACUGUACACAUUGAAUCCUGAUAAAAGCCUGUGAUGACCUCAUAUUCUGCAGAGAUCCUAGUGUGAUUCAGUGCUUCCCAGUUGAAUGCAGUUCGUUUUGUACAUGAGGAAAAUUUCUUCAGGAAAAACAAAUCCUAGAAAGAGGUUUGAUAAAUUGUAUGUAUCAACAGUACUCCAUAGUUUUAUAGAAUUAUCAAAGGCAUAAGGGAAUAAUAGAAACAUAAAAAUAUGUAUUGUAGAUGUUAUGGCAAUGUGGCAUUUAAGGCAUUUAUCUCCUUAGAGACGAGCAGGUGACACCACCAGAUGUACGACCAGCUCAUCUAGAGAGGAGGGAAGUAACAAAAAAAAAGUUGUAAAAGGUUAACUAAAAAUUGUAAUUGGUUAAUUGACAUGUUUUAUAAUGAAAAUAAUUAACAAAUUGGAAUGAAAAUGAAGGAAAUGAGCAAUUGCCACUUAACACAAUAGAGCCCCUGGCUGGUUAAUUGUGACCCUGGUUGAGGCGGGAUUAA